AAUUCGUGCCACAUUUCUACGCACGCGAACCUUCCCUUCCCUUCCCUUCCAUUAUUCUCUCUCGCUUUCUCGAAACCCCUGAAAUCAGCGCCGUUCAGCAAUGGCGUCGUUCGAUGAGGCUCCUCCCGGCAACUCCAAGAGCGGUGAGAAGAUCUUCAAGUUGAAGUGCGCUCAGUGCCACACCGUUGAGAAAGGCGCCGGUCACAAACAAGGACCCAAUCUGAACGGUUUGUUUGGAAGGCAGUCAGGAACUACUGCUGGAUAUUCCUACUCUGCAGCUAACAAGAACAUGGCUGUGAAUUGGGAGGAGAAGACUUUGUACGAUUACUUGCUUAACCCUAAAAAGUAUAUUCCAGGGACAAAGAUGGUAUUUCCUGGUCUUAAGAAGCCCCAAGAACGUGCUGAUCUUAUUGCGUACCUGAAAGAAGCCACAGCACAGUGAUUUAAUAUUUCAUACAUUCAAUUUUGCAGUGUGCUUUUAAAGUUCUGAAGAUUUAAUUUUCAGACAUUUAAUCAUGCCGUACAGUAAGUUCUGUAUCUUUGGCAAAUAAAAUAGGCUACAUUGGUCUGCAAUGCUAUUUUGUUAAUUUUGCAUUGCUUCUCAAAACUCAGCUGAAUAUUGGCUGGAGUAUCGCUCAAUCAAAUUAUCUGUUGAAAUCUGAACAUUCUUAUCAAUUUGGUUAAUUGGGAACACAAUUUGGCGCA